CAUUGUCUUUGUUAUUGGCGGCCAUGGUUGAAAAAAAUAUACAAUCUACGACACCGUCCAAGGAACUCACACUCUUUGCCGACAAAAAUCACAUCAGUCUCGGCCAUGAAGAUGGUAGAGGUGCUGCCAUGCACAUAGCAGUGUGGGAAGGCAAUCUCGCCAUCGUAAAAGAGCUGCUAGCGUUAUAUCGCCAGUCUUGUGUGAAUGCAAAGGACAAACUUGGCAAGAAAAUAGGUCGCACACCGUUACAUAACGCCGCACAACUCGGGCGUAACUCCAUUGUCAUUGCGCUUCUCGACAAUGGUGCCGAUAUAGACGCAAGGACAGUAUACAAAUAUACAGCCCUCGGUCUGGCCGCCCAAAAUAACCGGGUUGAAACUGUGAAGACGUUACUACAGCGUAAUGCGGAUUUGAAUGCUGCAGUGAAUUCCAACAACAGAGAAUAUGGAGACGGCAUGACGGCAGUCCAUCUCGCGGCGAGACUGCAAUCACCGACUAUUCUCUUACAAUUGUUAUGGCACGGUGCAAGGACAAACAUUACCACGGUGAAUGGCGAUACUGCAUUACAUUUUGCUGCCGCCGCUGGGUCGGCUUCGUGCUAUUUCUUUCUUCAUGUCCAUGGGACGCUUGGUCCUGAAAACAAGGAAGGAUUAUCUCCCAGGGAUAUUGUAUCAAAUCUGAAGAAGCACGACAAAAAGACCUUUGACGAUAUUGCAGUAUGGCUUGCGCUUGGUGACAAAGAUCAGUUUUUGGCGUGCGUCCGUAACAAGACGGACAACCCAGAUCUUCUUAGAGCUAUUCACACGGCUGUCGAAAAGGAGAGAAUCGGUGCUUUAGUGUAUCUAUUGCGAAUAGAUCCUGAACUGGUCAAUGCCAAGCAUCCUAAAGAAGGGCAUUUGCCAUUGCAUGUCGCCGCCAAGAUGGGACACAGUCGAGCAGUCGAUGUCCUCCUCCGACACGGAGCAAAGGUCGAUGCUAGGGCACCUCGAGACUGGACAGCAUUAAUGCUCGCUUGUCACCAUGCGCAUGCGAAUGUGGCAAGUAUCCUCUGUAAAGCAGGCGCUGAUACGGCGCUGAAGAACUCAUCUGGAGAGGCAGCCGUCCUAUUAGCGGCAAAAUCUGGCAUAUCGGUUCCAGAGCUUCCACCGCUAUUUCGCUAUGUGCCUAGUAAGAAGGUUGCUUCGCCUAAACCUAGAAAUGAUCAAGACGGCAGCAAGCUUUCAACGCCAGAUAAGGCACCUCGGAGCAGGACACCGUCUCCUAGUUGGCCAGCAGACACGGAUUAUCGCGCUCAAGGAGAGCUAUUCGCUAUGAGUGAUGCUCAGGAAGUUGGACAAUCAAGCCCAGAAGGGAAAAACCCCAAACACAUUGACAAACUCUUGACUGAGUUAGAGCGUACAUGGUAUAACAGAAUCCAAUGGAGCCCGGAAGAUGACAGUCAAAGAAAUCGCUAUCCCGAGCGCUCUGGACCUGUAAAGAUUGCCAUUCUUGACUCCGGAAUUGACCUCCAACAUGAAGACUUCCAGCGUCCGGCAAAACGACGAACCAAGGUUGGGAUAGAAACCGCAAAACAACUACCAGAAGAGGCUCAAAGAGCUAGAAUAAAGGCGUACAGAAACUUCAUCGGUCGCCCUGGAGAGGAAGACGACGUAACAGACUCAGUAGGCCAUGGGACACACAUUGCAGGAACCAUCAUGGCAAUUGCUCCUCGUGCGCAUUUGUACAUUGCUAAGACAAGCACAAAGUCGGAUCAGCGAACAGCCAAGAAAGAUGAGAAUCUAGAAGACGGGGUACGGCGAAAGGUCCGGCGACCCAUUGAAGAAGCGCUGAAGUGGGCGAUAGAGCAAAAUGUCGACAUUAUCAAUCUCUCGUUAGGGUUUCCUCAGGAGAGCUCAUACGAACUAACCAAGGCGCUGCGCGAAGCACACCACCGAGGCAUCAUUGUCUUUGCUGCGGCGGCAAACCAUGGGAACCGUGACGCGAUUGCUUGGCCCGCUCGUGACCCGGACUUGGCGAUAUGCAUCACGUCGGGCGAUGAAUUCAAUAAUCUUUCGCGGUUUGCACCAAGCGGCAACAAUAGUCUUCCUGUAUUUAUAACCCACGGGGAGGAUGUAUGGAGUCAGUGGCCCACGAACCUCGGUGGCGGGUUUCGCCCAAUGAGCGGCACCUCGGUAUCGACCCCGAUUGCUGCCGGUAUGGCUGCUAUGAUCUUGGCGUUUCUCAAUACCACUAGUUUAUGGAGUCCUUCUGAGAAACGCCAAUGGCUUAGUCUUUCGAAAGAGGAUCACCUGCGGAGCACUAGAGGAAUGCGCCAACUGUUAGAGCACAUGUGCCGAGAGCGGGCUGGAUUUCGAGUGCUCUCCCCAAAAUUAAUGUGGGAGAUGAAUCGAGAUGCGACCUCUAUACAGGCACUGAAUACUAUUGCACAGCCCUUCCAUCAAAAAGGCUGAGAUGAUAGGAGUAAAUAUAUAUACUCUCGCCUUUAAAAGUACCAUAGCAUGAGACAUGUAAAUACAGAAAUAUUAUAAUAGCUCAUGACGACCUGUAAUGUCUUUUGUCUUAAUAGAGAUAUUUACACAUGUUAAUUAAUUCAGAGUAUGUCUUUCUAUAAAAGGUGUGGUGAGUAUUUAUUAUACAGUGGACGAUCCUUUGCGUGUCCGGUUCAUGAAGAUACUUGCGCCGAAGUCUGCCUUUUUACCUCUGCCACUGCGUCGCGGAAUAGCAAAUCGGCAUAGGCACGGUGAAAUACCAUUACUACCCCAGGGCCCACUCUCUUAUCCUGUGACGGAUUGCCAGCGACGCACUCAAGAGCAAUAUUGAUCGUCUCAUCCGCCCCAUCUUCUGUAGGUUGACGGUUGAGGCACAGACGAUGGCAUCCCGAGAAUCCGCUGGUUGGCGACCCAAAAGCAACAUCUACUAUACUGUCAGAUGAUGGCUUAGAUCCAUCUGCAAUAUUAGAAUGAACAACUUGGAAAGCGUUGUAAAAUGUUGUUGGCGGCCGCGCGAUGUGCGCACUAGAGAGCUGGGAGACCUUCGAUAUAGAAGGGCUUGGCGUCGCGGGAGAUACUCCUAUAGUAGAGAGUAGUCAGUAAGCUGGCCAAGUAUCA